GCCUCGAAGAGCGGGAAAUAAAACCGAAUUAAACUAGCUAGCUAACCUGAGACUCCUCUAAAGUUUCCUACCUUUGGCACAUGGAAACAAACUAACAAUAAUCUAUAGAUACAUGUUUCUCUGGUUAAAUACAACUGUAACAAUAGAAAUGUAACCAAUACUUGCCCACCUAUGAAUAUGAAUGGUUUAGGAUCGACUAGCUCAAACUGGCAAACGCCAGAUAUUUUUCCUUCGUUCAUACUGCAGCUAGAGCGGGACUGGUGUUGAUGAUUCUGAUGCAAGGUCGGCUGUACCUGGCUGUGUGCACUUCGCUUGCAAGGUGUUUUAACUUUAGUUGCCAUUGUCUUGCUGUUUAAGAUUGGAUAUAACCCUCAAUCAAUUAUUUGUUUCCACUUUACUUGUUCAAGACAUCUAAUUAAGCACGGUGUCUACAAUGGAGAACGAAAUAGCUGUAAUCUCAAUCUGCACGCAGACCAGCACUCCCUCUCCUCCUCCUACUCCAGUGUCUCAAGACCUCAGCAACAACACCUCUCCCUCUCACCAUGCCCCACGCUUUGGCACCAUCAUCCCUAACCGCAUCUUUGUGGGAGGCAUUGAUUUCAAGACCAAUGAGAGCGACCUGAGACGCUUCUUCUCCCAGCAUGGAGCAGUGAAGGAGGUGAAGAUAGUGAUUGACCGUGCUGGGGUGUCAAAAGGAUAUGGCUUUGUUACCUUUGAGACGCAGGAGGAUACAGAGAGAAUCCUUCAUGAUGCUGACAGACUGUGCUUCCGGGACAAGAGGCUCAACAUCGGCCAGGCCGUCCGCAAGCAACAAGUGGGAGGUCACCCAAACAGCUUCUCUGUGUCCAGCCAUACUCCUGCCAUGAUGCCCACCCCCUGUGGAACCAUGUACCUCACCACCUCUACGGGGUACCCCUACACCUACCACAACGGAGUGGCUUACUUCCACACCCCAGAGAUGAGCCCCUCCGCGCCCUACCACUGGCCUUCCCGCUCAGUGCCUGGCUCUCCAGUCAUGCUGACCCACCAGCCUCCACCCAUCUACCAGCAGCCGACCUACCAUCACUACCAGGCCCCUACACAGUGUCACCCUAGUCACCUGCAAUGGAACGUUCCUCAGUCUCCAGUGCCCUCCAGCCCAGUGUUGUACAUGCAGCCCUCUGAGCUCCUGUACCAGCCCAUGGAACAGCCCAGCGACGGGGGCUGUGUCCAGCCUGCCAUGCCCCUCAUAGAGGCCCCCAUCCCAGAGCAGCAGUUCAUUGACCACAUGGUGCAACCAGCCUACAAUCACACGUUAUACUACCCACAAAGUCCAGGGGGGAUGACACCUGUGAUGAUACAGCAAGAACCAGGAAAGGAACAGAAGUUCCACGCCAUGAGGCGAGGUUACCCCUCCUCGCCGGUCACCCUGAAGCCCAGGUACGGACGCAACCCGCACUACGCCCACCUGCGCAAGGAGUACCGCCCAGAAAUCACCACUGACCCCUCCCCUCCGCCCGCCACCGAACCACUCUAGUAGAGGUCAUCCACGUUUCCUUUCAGCCAAUGAAACGCCCAUCUCCUCAAGCAGAAAGACCUACUUCUCAAUCUCUCCACGCGCUUCUCAAUCUCUCCAUGACCCUGUCUCCUCCAACCCUUCACCCGCAUUAUAUUAUUCAGUCCAGACAACU